ACACACACAUCGAAUCCAAAACACUACUCUCUCCAUCAACGUACUAUAUAUCCCAACAUGGCAAAGUUGUCAUUACCAUUCCUCCUCCUCCUCCUAGCCAUUGCUCUCCCACCACUGUCAGGAGCCAGCAGCAGACGCACCACCACCGCCGACGUGGAAUGUUUCCAACGUCCGGCCGGUGGAGAUGCCGUCGUACAUGGCAGCUUGGUGGAGCCGGAAGAAGAAUCUUCUGAUGACGACGACGACGCAGGAUACAUAUUAUUUCCGAGUGAUAGUAAUGACGAGGAUGACGAGGAGGAGGACGCCGCCGGCGAUCAACUAGGGCUCGUGGUGGGUAACGUGGUGACGCAAGAUUUCUUCAACAGCAUAAUAAGCCAGGCAGCUCCGAGCUGCGCCGGGAAGCGAUUCUACAGAAGGAAUGAUUUCCUAACCGCCGCCAGGUCGUUCCCUCAGUUCGGGCAGCUCAAACCAGACGGCGCCGCCAAGGCCGAGAUCGCUGCCUUCUUCGCCCACGUCACCCACGAAACUGGACAUUUGUGCUAUAUCGAGGAGAUCAACAAGCAGAGGUACUGCGACACGACGAAAGAGAAGCAGUGGCCGUGCGCCCCCAAGAAGCAGUACUACGGGCGGGGCCCACUGCAGCUGACGUGGAACUACAACUACGGGCUGUUCGGGAAGGAGAACAGGCUGGACACGUUGAAGAACCCGGACCUGGUGUCGAGGAACGGCGUCGUGGCGUGGAGGGCGUCGCUGUGGUUCUGGAUGAAGAACGUGCGGCCGGUGGUCAAGAAAGGGUUCGGAGAAACCAUUCGGGCCAUCAACGGCGCCCUCGAGUGCGGCGGCAAGAACAAACCGGCCGUCGAGGCUCGCGUCAAGUACUACACCGAAUACUGCAAGCGCUUCCGCAUCCCGCUGGGGCCUAACCUCCGCUGCUAAAAACCACAUGCAAGCAUAUAUAGGCAUUUGCUGAUAUGCAUCCAUCUACGUACUGCAUAAGUAAUGUGUUUCUGUUUAAUUUCCUUGUUUGAUUAUGGUGGGAAGGAAACUUAAACGACAAAAGAUGGAUUUUGUUUCUGUUUAUUCUGUUUUGGCCCGGCUUUUAGAAGGUGUCAAACACCUUUAAAAUCUCGAUUUGAUUUGGUUUGAGCAAAUUCCACAGUUGCAACUUGGUCAAUGAUCCACAAACAACUACAAUAACGCAACAAAGCAUUUUUAAUCUUCUGGGUCCUGAUCACAUACCAGACAUUUGCAAAAGUCCAUUUCCGAAGUUUGCAGCAAGAAAGAAAUAAUGGAUGUCUCUUCUUGUAAAAGCAACAACGGCAGGGUUCUUGUACCCCCACAAAAAAAAAAAAAAAAAAAAAAAAAAAAAAAACAGUUGUUUUUCACCAAGAAUGCUCCCCAAACAAGUACAUGAAGUUGUUCUGUUUUUCCACACUGCUAAUCAUUGCUGCUCCAUCCACCCGAGGAAACUUCUGAUGGAAACCCUUCAGCGUAAUUAGGGUAUCCGGCUCUAUUUUUCUUGUUUCUUUCGUUCCAUAGCACUAGCAGACUAGCUGUUUGUCGCCAUUGCUGCCUUGGAGGAGGUAUCUUUAUGAGCGAAAGAAUCGGAGAGUAAAUGUGAUUGAAACGAACCCCUCCGCAUUAUGGUGAUGUAGAUGAUGGUAGUUACAAGUCUCGCAAGGCUUUCAGGCACUGGUUGUCUACAUUGCAAAAGAAUUUCAGGAAGGUGCGCAGAACAUAGCGUUUCUUCUUGAGUCAAGCAUCUGCAGAGAGCAUGUGAUUUCAGAAUCAUCAACAACCCGAGUCUGAGUUUGCAUUGGAUUGUGCAAGGACUAGGUUAGGAGUUUUGGGAACACUGGAAGGUGGAAUGCAGAACACAAUAACCAAUUGAGAUCAGUUUAUGCGCAAAAGGACGUGGAAAAUUUCUCUAGACUUCUGAAUCUAAGUGUCCAAAUGCCUACUUGGUUACUACUACUAGUAUAAUAGUUUUUAGGCCAAAAGCAGAGGACACUUCCAAAAAUGUUCGAUAGGGCAAGUCCAUCACAGGAAGAAAAGCUUGUGUUUGGUUCCAUCUCACAUUGUCAUAUGAAGUAGAUUUUUAAUCUCGAUGCCCAUCUCACAUUCAAACAAUCAGAUGACACCAUGCAAAUAGCCCAACUAUUUAUGUAAUCCAGUUAGAAUUAGAUAUUCCAGGAUGUAGAAAGGCAAAAGAUAAAGACAUCUGUACAUCCUGGAUUCAAAUGAGAGUAAUCAAAUAUGCAAAAGUGCACAUACCUUCAGAAGUUUUUCUGGUGCAGAAGGGCAAACAUUUAUCUUCUGCCCAACGUGUGCACUCUGAUGGCGGACAGAUUGAUCAAGAGACAGUCUAGAAACUGGUCCAGGGAGAAGCUUUUCAAUGGCUGGGGAGGAAUUAUGAUUGCCAAACACCACAACACGAGAGCUUCCAGAAAUUGAUUGCCUGAUAGAAUUUAGAGCAUCGAGGCUUCCAUCUUUGGAAAGUGGUUCUAGUCCAUCAACAACCUAUCAGCAAGAAAAAGAAAAUCAGGAAUCUUCGUGGCGGUAGGUCUUUUUAGGGACAUGGCAAGGUUGAAAUAACAGCCUAGCAUUAUGAUUGUACAACAAAAAUACAUGUGGAAGAGAAUGAACACGAUAGCACAAC